GGAUGAAAUAAACAAAGAUCAUAGUGAGCAACCAGUACUACUAGCUAACUUAUCAGUAUGGCUACCCAAGAAGCUUUGCUAGACAAGCCUCGAAAAUCCAUUCCCAAAACAUUUUGGUUAAUCCUCUCUUUAGUUGCUAUUGUAAGCUCAUCAGCCAUUAUUGUUUCUCAACUCAACAAACCCAUCUCUUUCCUCCACCUCUCAUCAGCUCCCAAUAUGUGUGAGCAUGCUCUUGAUACAGAAUCAUGUUUAACUCAUGUAUCAGAAGCAGUUCAAGGCCCAACCUUGGCUAACACAAAAGACCACAAGUUGAGCACACUCAUAUCCUUAUUAACCAAGUCCACCACACACAUUCAAGAAGCCAUGAACAAAGCUAAUGUUAUAAAAAGCCGAGUUAACAGCGGCAGAGAGGAAAAUGCUUUGAAUGACUGUGAGCAACUAAUGAACUUGUCCAUGGAGAGAGUUUGGGACUCAGUGAUGACUCUAACAAAAGAUAACAUGGACUCACAGCAAGACGCACACACAUGGCUAAGUAGUGUGCUCACCAACCACGUAACUUGCUUGGAUGGAUUACAAGGAACAACUCGGGCGGUUAUGGAAAGUGACAUUCAGGACUUAAUAUCAAGAGCCAGGUCUUCUCUGGCCGUGCUUGUUUCCGUUUUACCUAAAACGAGUAACGACGAAUUUGUUGACGAAUCAAUGAACGGUGAGUUUCCCACAUGGGUAAUGAAUAAGGAUAGAAGGCUUUUGGAGUCUUCAGGUGGGGACAUAAAGGCCAAUGUUGUGGUGGCUAAAGAUGGGAGCGGUAACUUCAAAACUGUGGCUGAGGCUGUGGCAUCUGCACCAGACAAAGGUAAGACACGGUAUGUUAUCUAUGUGAAAAGGGGAAUCUACAAAGAGAAGGUAGAAAUCGGUAAGAAAAAGACGAAUGUGAUGCUCGUUGGUGAUGGUAUGGAUGCAACAAUAAUCACUGGCAGCUUGAAUGCUAUCGAUAUAAACAGCACCUUCAGAUCUGCAACUGUUGCUGCUGUUGGGGAUGGGUUUAUAGCUCAGGACAUUGGAUUCCAAAACACGGCAGGCCCAGAGAAGCACCAGGCAGUUGCUCUCCGUGUCGGUUCUGAUCAAUCUGUCAUCAACCGCUGUCGCAUUGACGCAUUUCAAGACACUCUCUACGCACACUCCAACCGACAGUUUUACCGCGAAUGCUUCAUUACUGGUACUAUUGAUUUUAUCUUUGGAAACGCAGCUGUCGUGAUCCAGAAGAGCAAAAUCGUGGCCCGAAAGCCCAUGAGCAACCAAAAAAACAUGGUGACAGCCCAAGGUCGAACAGACCCAAACCAGAACACUGCAACUUCAAUUCAGCAGUGUGACAUAAUACCAAGCACGGACCUCAUACCUGUCCUAGACUCCAUUAAGACUUACUUAGGCCGCCCGUGGAAAAACUACUCCAGGACUGUUGUGAUGCAGUCCUUGAUAGGCAACCACAUCGACCCAACGGGAUGGGCCGAAUGGAAUGAGACGACUAAGGGCUUUCUCAAAACAUUGUAUUAUGGAGAGUACCAGAACAGUGGGCCCGGUGCUGGUACCGGCAAAAGAGUGAAUUGGCCUGGCUAUCAUGUCCUAAAUACUGCAGAGGCAACUAUGUUUACAGUUGCAGAGAUCAUCCAAGGUAAUGUUUGGCUGAAGAACAAAGGGGUGGCCUAUAUCGAAGGCCUGUAGAAAUGGGAUGCUUUGGCAAGCGUCUACUACUAUGUUUUAGAUGUUUUGCAGAAAUAAAUUGUAAGAUUAUGCUCUAUGGCAGGAUGUUACAAUAGUCUUCUAUUGCUGUUGUAAUGAAUGCCUCAUGAUGAAUAAAUUAUUAUGCAUAAAUUAUAUAAUAUCCUAAUCAGCUUUAA